GCGGACUGUCUCCACUCGCUCCUCUCCCCCUCUCCGCCUGCCUGUCCCUCCGGGCUGCUCGGGCGCCACCAUUACUGUCCCCAACCCGCCCCACCAGCCGGGCCAAAGGGCGGCGUGAUUCACGGCGCUGCCACCAGCCCACGGCUUGCCCACAGCGUAUAAAGGCUGCGGGGUUGAAAGGCGGCAGAGCCUUGCCCGACCCGGCCCGAGGCGCGCAGAGCAUGGCCGGAGGCGCGGAGCGAGGCCGCGGGGGCGCGGGCUGGGGACUGCGCGGCGCCCUGGCCGCCGUGGCCCUGCUCUCGGCGCUCAAUGCUGCGGGCACGGUGUUCGCGCUGUGCCAGUGGCGCGGGCUGAGCGCGGCGCUGCGGGCGCUGGAGGCGCAGCGUGGCCGGGAGCAGCGCGAGGACAGCGCCCUGCGCGCCUUCCUGGCGGAGCUGAGUCACGCACCUCGCCGGGCGCCCGCGCCACAGCCAGACCCUGUGAGCGCCGCGCGCAACAAGCGCAGCCACGGCGGGGAGCCGGCGCAGUACAUCCGCGCCGAGAGCCACGACAUGCUGUUGAUGAUGACCUACUCCAUGGUGCCGAUCCGAGUGAUGGUGGACCUGUGCAACAGCACCAGGGGUAUCUGCCUGACAGGACCACCUGGCCCAGCAGGACCUCCAGGAAUUGGUGGGUUACCAGGACACGACGGAUCAGAUGGACAGCCUGGUCCCCAGGGCCCAAAAGGCGAAAAGGGAGCAAAUGGAAAAAGAGGAAAAAUGGGGCCACCUGGAGCCACAGGAACUCCAGGGGAAAAGGGAGACCCUGGUGAGCUGGGCUUGACUGGAAACGAGGGCCCAGCAGGGCAGAAGGGUGACAAGGGAGACAAAGGGGACGUGUCUAAUGAUGUGCUUCCUUCAGGUGCCAAAGGUGACCAAGGCCCACCCGGCCCACCUGGGCCCCCGGGCCCUCCGGGUCCCCCAGGGCCCCCUGGAAGCAGAAGAUCCAAAGGCCCUCGGCAGCCAAACAUGUUCAACGGCCAGUGCCCAGGUGAGACGUGUGCUGUACCAAAUGAUGAUACCUUGGUUGGAAAAGCUGAUGAGAAAGUCAGUGAACACCAUUCCCUGCAAGCAGAAUCCAUGAUCACGUCCAUUGGAAAUCCAACACAAGUUUUGAAAGUUAAAGAGACGUUUGGGACUUGGAUAAGAGAGUCUGCUAACAAGAGUGAUGAACGGAUCUGGGUGACUGAACAUUUUUCAGGCCUCAGGGUAAAGGAAUUCCAAGACCAGACCUCACUGCUGAACGGCAGUUACACGCUCAUCCACCUCCCUUACUAUUUCCAUGGCUGUGGGCACACCGUGCACAACAACUCUCUCUACUACCACAAAGGAGGCUCCAACACCAUAGUGAGAUUUGAAUUUGGCAAAGAGACAUCCCAAACUCUGAAGCUUGAAAAUGCCUUGUAUUUUGAUCGAAAAUACCUCUUUGCAAAUUCCAAGACGUACUUCAAUUUAGCUGUAGAUGAAAAGGGCCUUUGGAUUAUCUAUGCUUCCAGUGUGGAUGGCUCGAGCAUCCUUGUCGCACAGCUGAACGAGAGGACCUUCUCUGUGGUGCAGCACAUCAACACCACGUACCCCAAAUCCAAGGCUGGCAACGCCUUCAUUGCCCAAGGGAUCCUCUAUGUCACGGACACCAAAGAUAUGAGGAUAACAUUUGCCUUUGAUUUGUUAGGAGGGAAACAGAUCAAUGCAAACUUUGAUUUAAGAACUUCCCCAUCUGUUCUUGCCAUGUUAUCAUACAAUAUGAGAGACCAGAAUUUAUAUUCGUGGGAAGAUGGCCAUUUAAUGCUUUAUCCUGUACAGUUUUUGUCAGCUACAUUAAACCAGUGAUGGGAUGCAUUCUAUUCCCCUCAGUAAAUUUCAGCUGUUCUCUGGUACCAUUUAUAUCCCAAUAGAAAACUUGUCUUUAAGGGUGGUCAGGUACUUAGCUGUCAUAAUCACAUGACAUGGGUAUUUAUAUGGUUGGUGACCCCCUUUUAAUUCAGAUUCUGUAGGAGAAAAUAACAGAUUGGAACUCAAAAAUGGCUGAUAUUUGGUGAUUCCUUUACAAACUAGCUGGGCGAGUUACCUGUCCCUCUUUAGGUUUUGU